AUGCCACCACCCGCCACCGCUUAUUUGCACCGAGAGCAUAUGGGCGUAGAAAUUGAUGAUGACAAGUUGUCGGUCGUUCUGAAUUCAGAAAACUAUGAAAAUUCUGUUAUUGCAUCUACUGCUCAGCAACCUUUAGAAAGGAUGACCGCUCAUCACUCAGAUUUAACUAACGCAGACUCGAAGAUACCUAACCACUUCUUUGAUGAGUCUGGUCGUUCUCGCACCAAAAAGGCGUGUUUUUGUAAAUUUUCAAGAGCAGUUUCAAAUAAUACCCCUCUAGCUAAUCCUGGCACACACUUCCUUGCUAAAUUAAUUAAUUAA